AUGCUGCAGUCUCUCUCUCAAGGUAUCCUGACCUCUCGUGGAUCGGGGCCAGUACCUUGCCAAGGUUAUAGUCCAGGCCCACCAAGAACUAGGAUAAAAGACUGCCCCAUCAAGCUGUAUUUCGUCAUUGACACCUCAGAGAGCAUCGCCUUGCAAGAGGCCCCAAUUUCAAUACUGGUGGACAAGGUCAAGAAUUUCACCAAGAUCUUUGCUCAGAAGCUGGAUAAUGAGGUGUACUGGGACCAGGUCAGCUUUAACUGGUCCAUAGGAGGCCUGCAUUUCUCUCAGAAGCAAGUGUUCUACAGCUCAUUUACAACCAGGGAGAACUUCAUCGAGAAUGUCAAUAAGAUCGACUACCUCGGCAGAGGCACCUACACCGACUGCGCCCUCAAAAACAUGACAUACAAAAUGACCCACCAAAACCUUAAGGAGAACGAGACUGCCCUCUUCUCUGUGGUCAUCACUGAUGGCUAUGUGACAGGAAGCCCAUGUGGGGGGAUCAAGGAGAUGGCAGAGAAGGCCCGAGACCAGGGGAUCCAUCUGUUCUCAGUGGCAGCAUCCAAGAUCAUUGACAAAUUAGGGAUGAGGGAGAUAGCCAGCUCUCCUAUUGAUGUGUACCGUGAUGACUAUAUAGCUGUGGACACUUGUUAUGAAGAAAAAUGCCUUAACAUUCCUGGGAUGCCUGGACCAAAAGGGUUUGACGGUUCAAAAGGUAGGAAAGGAGACAGUGGUAUUCCUGGCCCAAAAGGGGAAAAGGGGAGACAGGGUGAUCCUGGCAUUGAAGGUCGAAUUGGGCCACUCGGCAAAAAGGUUUGCUGA